AUGUCGGAUAGCGCAGGUACUGACCCCCGCGGUCCUGGUCCGCCGCCCAACAACACAUCCACACGCUCUCCACAGAUUCCCGGCUUCAACUACGCGGUCAAGCCAAGUCACUUGGUUGAUAUCUUGAACGGCUUUGGCAUUCCAGACGACAAGCAUGCGAGCGUGCAGCAUCAGUUGGAAAACGCGCACCUUGAAAAUCACCCUUGGAUCGUCGACGGUCUAUUUACGCGGACAGGCUCGCUCGAUAGCUUAUCUCGGGACACAUUGCUAGAAGCCAUGUUCAACGACGUGCCCGACCUCUGCAACGCGCCAGAAGCAUGGAGGAGAGACGCUCUAGGCCGUUUUGCUAUAGGCGCGAGGACCAAUUCCAACAUUAUCAAAGAGCAGAAGCCCACCCAGCCCAACAUUAUCAAUCUUGAUUCGAGCUCAGAUUCAGAGGCCGUACCCUCCGCACCUUCAAGGAAGCCCCAAAAGGAAGAGAAAGCAGACACUCGCACGCUUCUCCAGACCAACUACCCACCGCGAACACCGCUGCGCGUCACCCCAAUCUUCUCGCCUCCUGCACCCACGCCCGAAUCUCCCGACCCCACGCCCGAAUUUUCCAAACCCACGCCCGAACCCUCCAAACCCACCAAGCUGCGGUUCAUGGACAAAACUGGCCAGAUGGUCUCAGAGCUACGCGUGCACAACGUGACUGGCGCAAGAGGAAUGAUAGACUGGAAGUACAUCCACGACGAAGCGAUCACUGCAAGAGGGUCAGGCUUCACGUACGACGGCUCUCGAUUGUGGGCGGCUCCUGGUAUCCACUGUCGUGUGGCUGUCCGCACGGGCCCGGGUCUCACUGCUCGCCUGGAAGAUGCUUGGGGAGACGUGCUUUUUCUGACCGCUACUGGGGCGGUGCUGCGAACUGUGCGGCCCGCCGGCGAUGCUAUCGACGCCUGA